AGAGAGAGAGGGAGAGAGAGAGGGAGCAGGACGGACCGAAGACACAAACACAAGAAGGUCGUGAUGGGAAACACAGACAGUCACACCAGCUUCGUCUCUGCCGCCAAACCCUCCUGCUCGCUCAGGUCCUCGUCCAGGAAGGAGGAGGCGCCGUCAGCUCGCAGCUGGUGGAGGAGCAGCCAUGGCGGCUGUAGGAGCCGUGGGAGGAGCUGUCAGAACCAGAACUCCUCCUGGCGUUACGAACAUGGACCCAGAGGAGGCUCCAGGCUGAGAGCUGCGUCUCCUCAGAGGCACAGCAGGGGGGGCUGCAGGAGUCAGUUUGGAUACCCGGAGAACGGCGGAGAGGGUAACGGAAUCAGUGGCGAGCGGACGUCUCUGGAGAGUGGCGGCAGCCCCAAAGUGCUGCUCAGCAAAGAUGGCAGCAUGAGGGUGGAGUUCACCAACAGCAGGGUCAACGCCAUGGAGCCGCAGGGGUUAACCGGCAUCCCCGCCAUCUCCACCACAGCUGCCUCCUCAGUUGCCGAACCCCUCCUCCGCACCAGUAAGGGCAGCUCGCUCAGCUCUGACGGCUCCUGGUACGACUCGCCAUGGGGGGGCAGUGCUGAGCUGGCGGACAAUGUGUUUGUUUGCGGGCAGAUCGUGGAUAACACCACCUACUCCUCUACCCGCACAGAAGUGUCCUCCGCCGGUGUCUUCAACACCUUCUUCUCGGCUCAGGUAGAGGACGUCUCACCUGGAUUUAACUCCACCCUCCUCUUCCCCGCCGCAGGUUACAACACCUGCUCCUCUCGCCAGACAGAGGACAGCGGCAUCGGUGACUCAGUGAUCCUGCAGCCGGACCUGAGAGACUUCAGCCUGGUUUCAUCCCCGGCUGCGUCACUGGACAGCGUUUACAGCAGCCACAACACGCUGCCUGCCUUCCCCACGGCACCAGACCCCCCACGGACCGCCUCCUCCUCGACGCUGCUGGAUGACAUCAUUCAGGAGGAGGAGGGUGCAGGUGGGGGGGUGGAGCAGCGGUUCUCCUCCCUCACGCUGCCUUGCCGCAGGGCCGAGUCCAUCAGCACCGCCCCUGCCACCGGGAACAAUCGCAAAGAUUUCCUGAAGAGCAGAAUCAGACAACUGAGCGACUGGACAGGAAGUCUGAGCAGGAAGAAGAGACGGAUCCAGGAGCCCAGUGAUGUUUUCAUCAACGGGCUGAACUGUGAGCUGGUCGGUCGCAGCGCGGCAUCGACCUCCGACCUCCUCCACCCUCACUGUGGCUCCAGAGGCCUGAACCACAUCAGCGACGCCCAGCGACAGAACAUCUAUGAGAACUUCAUGCAGGAGCUGGAGACGAGCUGCAGCGGUGCAGCCGACCAGGCGGAGCUGUCGGAGGAAGAAGAGGAGCAGGAGGAUGAGCAGGAGGAGGAGGACAUGGAUGGAGGGCUAGAGUUGGGAGGAAUAGAGCAGCUGGACGUCUUGUUCGAGAAGGAGCAGGGCGUGGUGCGACGGGCUGGAUGGCUUUUCUUCAAAGCUCUCAUUACUGUCAACAAGGACGGGAAGCUGGAGCUGGUCGCACGCCGCAGGUGGAGGCAUUACUGGGUCACACUGAAAGGUUGCACUCUGCUGCUUCAUGAGACGUACGGGAGGAGCGGCGGUACCGAGCGGGACCUUUCUCCUCGUUACGCUCUGCUGGCCGACGACAGCAUCGUCCAGGCCGUCCCCGAACAUCCCAAGAAGGAACACGUCUUCUGUCUCAGCAACUCGUAUGGAGACGUUUACCUGUUCCAGGCGACCAACCAGACGGAGCUGGAGAACUGGGUGACCUCCAUCCACUCUGCCGGCGCCUCCCUGCUGGCGAGGCGUCAGGGGAAGGAGGACACGCUGCGCCUCCUGCGGUGCCGGAGCCGCUCGCUGCUGCACAAGAUCGACAUGGACGGAAAGAUGAAGAAGAUGGCGGAGCUGCAGCUGUCCGUCAUCAAGGAGCAGAAGAACAGGAAGGCCGUGGAGAGCCAGAUCAAGCAGUGGGAGCAGAACCUGGAAAAACUGAACCUGGAUCUGUUCAGGCUCAAGUGCUACCUCUCCAGUCUGCAGGGCGACGAGCUCCCGAACCCAAAGAGCCUCCUCGCCAUCGCCAGCCGGCCCUCCAAGAGCCUGCUGGGACGCCUUGGAGUUUUCUCCGUGUCCUCGUUCCACGCCCUGGUGUGCAGCAGAGACGAGGUGACGUUACGACGGCGUUGUCGGUCUCUGUCGGGGGGAAACAACCGGUGGAGGGGGCUGCCGUCCUCUCUGAAGGCUCUGGACGGGCUGAACAGAAGCAGCAGUCCCUCAACGUCCCAGAGACUGGACUGUGAGUACAAACAGGGGGAGGUGCUGCCCUCUGCAGGACGUCCUGCAGCUGUACAGAUGUGUGAUGAAGGUUCCGUCCUCGGCAGCUUCUCGCUGCACAUCUGUCGAGGCGACGCUGGACGAGACUUCGGCUUUGUGGUCACGGGACACUUGGACGGCGCCGGGAAGAGUCACGUGCACGUCAGCGAGGUGGAUCCGCUGGGACUCUCCGCCAGAGAAGGCCUCAGGGCCGGAGACGAGGUGCUGGCGGUGAACGGGGCGUCUGUGUCCGGACUAGACCUGGACCUGAUGCAGAGUCUCUUCAGCCACCAGAAGCUCCAGCUGCUGCUGAGGAGAGACGAGUCACCUGAGGGGGAACCCGCCGCCGCGUGGCCUGAACCCGGUGAACCUGCAGGCCCCUGGGAGCCCGCGGCCCCUGACCUCCACACCUGGACCACAGAUGUUUUGUCUCCAGGCGCCGUCCUUCCUCCCGUGUUUGAUGACGCUGACCCGACAGGACAAAACAUGGAGCGGGUUUAUUCUCUGUACCAGACCUUCCCAGAAGGCCGAGCUGCAGACGCCGAUGUUCCCAAGAACCCAUACAGCAGAGAGGUCACCCUGCAGCCGGCGAGCCCCGCCCACCUGAGCGUGUGCCAGCAUCUGUGUAAAGUCAUCCAGGAGCUGGUCGACACCGAGAAGUCCUACGUCAAGGAUCUGGUCUGUCUGUUGGACGUCUACCUGACGCCGCUGCAGACGGAGACUUUCCUCAGCAAAGCAGAGAUGGAGGCGCUGUUCGGGAGCCUGCCUCAGAUGUUGGACUUUCAGAGAGUUUUCCUUCAGACUCUGGAGGAGAAAAUCUCCUCGUGUCCGAACCUGAGUCACCUGGAAACACCUGAACAGUUCAAGAAACUCCUCUUCUCGUUGGGAGGAUCUUUUCUUUAUUACGCCGACCACUUCAAACUCUACAGCGGCUUCUGUGCCAAUCACAUCAAAGUACAGAAGGUUCUGGAACGAGCGAAAACAGACAGAGCCUUCAAACACUUCUUAGAGACGAGGAAUCCGACCAAUCAGCACUCUUCCUGUCUGGAGUCGUACCUGAUCAAACCUGUUCAAAGGGUCCUGAAGUAUCCACUGCUGCUCCGAGAGCUGGUGACCCUCACCCCCCCCGAGAGCCCCGAGCACACACACCUGACAGAGGCUCUGAGGGCGAUGGAGAAGGUGGCGAGUCACAUUAACGAGAUGCAGAAGAUCUACGAGGACUACGGCUGCGUGUUCGAUCAGCUGACUGCGGAACAGGGCGGAGCCGACACACAGGUGACGGACGUGUCUAUGGGAGAGUUUCUGAUCCACUCAGCCGUCGUCUGGUUGAAUCCUCUUCCCUGUGUGGGUCGAGUGAGGAGAGACCCACAACUCACACUGUUCGUGUUCAGACGAGCCGUCAUCCUGGUUUAUCGAGACAACAACAAACUCAAGAAGAGGACGAUGAGCUCCCGCUCAGCUGAUCUGGACCCCUUCAGGUUCCGCUGGUUAAUCCCAGUGUCAGCGGUUCAGGUCAGACCAGCCAACAUCACAGGCUCAGAGAACCCGUGUGUGUGGGAGCUGGUUCACAGCAGGUCGGAGGUGGAGGGACGACCGGAGACCGUGUUUCAGCUCUGCAGCAGUGGUUUGGAGACAAAGGCGAGCGUCCUGCGAGCUCUGUCCUCCCUCCUCAAAGAGCGGGGGCCGGCCGGCUCGCUGAGGAGGUCCAGGCUGUCGACGGCUGAGAGGAGCAGCUCCUGGAGGAGGAGGCAGCAGAGGAGUCGUGCCGACGCCCAGAGGACGACUCAGCAUCGGCAGCCGGAGGAGAGCAGGUUCAUCCUGGGAGAAACCUGCUCGGAGCCGCCGCUGCCCAGCCACGCCUCGGCCGACUCUGCGGGGAAGAGGACCAGACUCUUCUCGCUGACCAGCGAGCUGGAGGCUCAGCUGCAGAGGCUGAACUUCACGGAGGAGGCGGAGCAGCGAGCGACGACUUCCAGUGGCGACCGGAGGACCGCAGAGAAGAGGCGGAGCUCCAGUCUGCAGCGACGCCCCGGAGGAGACGUGUUGGACCUGUUGGAGAGGGACUUCAGUGUUCACAGCAUGGCGUCCAUGAUCAACGAAGACUGUUUCUACGACUUUCAGACAUCUGCUGUUCCCACACUACAGGGCUAAAGCUGAACGCUCCCGUCAGGGAGACCAAACUAAACUGAGUCACGUCGUCCUCAACCAAUCACACUGAAGGUCUCACACAGAGCAUCUGAUUGGCCGGGACAAACACCUGCAUCUGGAAAAAGCGGAGCCGACAGAGGUGAUGAAGAACUCAACAUCAUUUCAGAGACCAAACAUUUUCCAGAUCAACUGAACAGAAUCAUUUAACGAUGGAGGAAUAUUUACAUUUUUAUCAGGAGUCAGUUUUUAAAAAUCUCUCUGUGUAGAUUUAACUGAUUUUAAAAUGUUUUCUCCGACUGAUGGAUCCAAAAACAUUUCUGAAGGAUUCGUGUUCAGGACGAAUGUUGGACUCUUUAUUUUUCUGUUCCUGUUUCUCUCUGUACAGUUUAUUUUUUCUCUUGUAGUUUUCCUUGAAUCUGAAUCUCUGGAGCUGCUGGAUCGGAGUCUUUGUAAAUCUGAAUUAUUGUAUUUAUAUAUUUUGUGUUUCAGUUUUGUGGCUGCGGAUCCAGAAACCACAGGUAUUUGGUAAUUUAUUUUCUUAAAUAUUUGUGUAAAUCUUUUUGUCGACUUGAUGAAGUCCAAUAAAUGAAAAAAUAUGUAAUUAAAAAAGGUUAAUUGA